CUCCGAGUUCGCGAGGCGCCGGUGCGGAGCGAGGUCGGGCGCCGCGGGCGGCAGCGGACGGACGCGCGGACGGGCCCGCAGGCUGACGGCUCGCGUCGUCCCCCAUGAGCGCGGCGUCGCGCGGCCCGGGUCGGUAGCGGCGGGGCGCCCCCCAUGCUGCUGCAGCCCGCGCCGAGCGCCCCGAGCGCGGGCUUCCCGCGGGCCCCGGCCGCCCCCGGCGCCAUGCACGGCUCGCACAAGGACACCACGUUCACCAAGAUCUUCGUGGGCGGCCUGCCGUACCACACCACCGACGCCUCGCUCAGGAAGUACUUCGAGGGCUUCGGGGACAUCGAGGAGGCCGUGGUCAUCACCGACCGCCAGACGGGCAAGUCCCGCGGCUACGGCUUCGUGACCAUGGCCGACCGGGCAGCCGCCGACCGUGCUUGCAAAGACCCCAACCCCAUCAUCGACGGCCGCAAGGCCAACGUGAACCUAGCGUAUCUGGGCGCCAAGCCCCGCAGCCUGCAGACCGGGUUUGCGGUCGGUGUGCAGCAGCUGCAACCCACCUUGAUCCAGCGGACCUAUGGGCUGACGCCCCACUACGUCUACCCGCAAGCCAUCCUGCAGCCCGGCGUGGUGAUCCCGGCCGGCCCCGUGGCCUCCCUGUCCUCGCCCUACCUGGAGUUCGCGCCCGCCAGCCCCGCCUACGCCCCGUACCCGCCGGCCGCCUACGACCAGGGCCCCUACGCCGCCUCGCCCGCCGCCCCCGCCGGCUUCGUGGGCUACGGCUACCCCGCCGCGCUGCCCCCCGCAACCCCCGCCCCCGCGGGCGCCGCCUUCCUGCCGUACCAGGCGCCCCAGCUGCAGCCGGAGCGGAUGCAGUGAGGCCCCGCCGCCCGCCCGCCCGGGGAAGGGGGGCACCGCAGCCCCCCGCCGGGUCUGGACUCGGAGACUUCUUUGCCGUCAAUGGCUUUGCCACGGACACGGCCGCAGUGUCCCCCCCGGGGGCGUGGGGUGCCCCCCACCCCGCUUCCUGCGUUCUACCAGCCCGGAGGCCAGCCCGCGGGGGGCGGAGGCCGCGCCUCGGUGUCCCCCGUGGGCUCCCCGCGCCGCGGGUGGGCACGCGCUGGGGGGCUCCCGUGGGCCGCGCCCCGCCGCGUCCCCGCACACCUACCUCAGGGGCUGGGCGCCCGGCCGCGGGAAGAAGGUAGCUAAUGUUAUUAAUAAUAUUUUUAUUAGAACGUUCAGAGUGUACAAAUAAAGCUCGUUUCCUUAAAGACA